AAACGCAGCCUAGAGAAAAAUACGAUUUUCAUCCAUUUUACGACCCCUUCAUCUUUGUUUUCCAUCAUGGACGCACCAAAAUCAAGCACCACCGCGCCGCCUCCGCCUAAGUCCUCAUCGCUUCCAUCUCCGCCGCUUCCUCCGUCCUCACUGCCUCCCCUUCAUCAGGACGACGCAGACGAAGAAGACGAGAACGUCAAGCAGCUCAAAGAAUGUUCCGUUCUCUAUUUAUCUUUACAGGAAUGCCUUGUUCAGAACAACAGGAAUUGGAAAUCUUGUCAAUUGGAGGUAAAGGCUUUAAAGGAAUGUCACGAGAAGAAGCGCAAUAACAAAGGAAAGUGAGAAUUGCAGAGAGUCACAAACUGCAGCAAUAAUUAACCAAAACUCAAGUUGCAUCCUCGAAAUUUUGUGCAGUGCCUCAGCAAUGGUUUUGUGGGCGUGUAUCUGUUUGAGUAUAUGCAUGAAAGAGAAAGAAAUAGGUGCUUCUAGAGCUUUGGGUCAGGCCAAGGCAGAGGAAGAGAAGUUUGCAAUAUGUGAGUUUCUCUGAGGAAGCAGUACAUGAGUUAAGACUGUUCAGGUUUUAGAGGAAGGAAUACCCUGAGCCGAGGCAGCAUGGUGAAGUGAGUUGUGCUUAUCAUGAGCCGUAGGAGGAUGCCAACUUCAUCCUUUCCGUGCUUAAAAACACAACUCAUUGCGGGAUGGAUAUAUAAAAAUUGACACUUUUGCAGUAUUUCCAAAAUUGUGUUCAACCAUAGCUUUUCAAAGUAAAGUUUGCAGCAUUUCACAUUUGGGAUGACAAAAAUCCUGUCAUUUCUAGUAUACUUGCAUGAAACCUGAUCUGAUGCAUGACAAAUAAAGAGAAAUUAAGAUAUAAUUUUAUGAUUAAAAAAAAAAAAAAGGAAAAAGAGCAACUGUUCACGAGGCUUCUGCUAAAUAUUAGAUAUAGGGAUUUUCUCAUCAAUACAUUUAAGGUGUCAAAUAACUUGUAACCAUACAUUUUUGUGAUUUUAGUGUGAUCGAAUUGAAUGAAGUAAAUAAAUCGAGUAACAAUCAAAAUAGAAAAAAAUUCACAAAAUUUUAUAAUUAGAAAUCAAAAUUUUCAUGAAUCAUCCAUUCGAGUCAGAUCCAAAGGAUUGACAAAUUAUUAACUACAAGGAAAAAAAUAAAAAAUGGAGAAUCUAGCUAAUAGAACAAUGACAUUUAGAAAUCAAAUCGAAAAAAUCACAAAAGACGAGAGAAAAAUGUCUCAUGCCCCAUAGAUAAAUAUUAAUACUAAGAAAACAAGUCGUGAUAUUCAAAAAUCAAAAUCACUGAAAUUCUUUUGGCAGAUAUUAAAAAUAAAAAUAUACCCAAUUAAUAGGUAAAUGGCAUUUUUUUUUAAAAUUUCAUUGAAAAGAUAUGCAUACAUUAACAAUUUUUUUCCCAAUAAGGGUAAGUUCCAUGAAUACACUAAUAAACUUAAAAAAAGUGUGAGCCAAUGACAUAAUAAUAGGUCAUUUGAAAUUUUUAAAAACCUCUUUUGGGGAAAAGAAUACUCCUUUGUGUAGACCUUGUGUCUAGAAUCCAAAUAUAAAAGGUAGCGAAAUGAUACCCCAACCUUGAACUAGAAAAAUCCAUCUUCUGUUGAUGCCCAUGUGUGUUCUCUUAUUGGCUCUCAUGCACAGAGACUAUUUCUUUAUCCAACCUUUUUUUACCUCUGACUAAAAGAAAUUUUGAAAAAAAAAAAAAAAAAAAAUACAAAUUAAAGGUGUCAAGUUCUAAAUACUAAAUACACCUUUAGUCUCCUUACCUAAAGAAUGCACAUGUGUACACUAAAAGAAAUUUUGAAAAAAAAAAAAAAAAAAAACAUACAAAUUAAAGGUGUCAAGUUCUAAAUACUAAAUACACCUUUAGUCUCCUUACCUAAAGAAUGCACAUGUGUACAUGUUGGAAAAGAAAAUCCAAAAAAAGGUGGGGGAAAGAAGAGAAAUCAUGAUUUCUUUAUGCUUGUAGGUAGAUAUGUGAAAGAAGAAAAAAUAAUUUAGAGCCAAAAUUUAAAGGGCAAUAUUUUAAAGAUAUACCACAUGGCAGGCCACCAAUAUGGUUUAUCUGAAUUGUCAAAUGGGAUUUAUUCAAAAAUAAAUAAGAAGAGGAGAUACAUGUACCAGUAUCCUUCAAACUUAGAAUCAACUUCCCAAUUUGGAUUAUGGAUGAGCAUUAUGGCGUGUAUGGCACUAUAGAGUAUAGGAGUGGAGAACAUGAAAAAGUGUAUGUAGAGAUAAAAAUAUCUAUUAAGGUGGCAAAAAGUCAGAAAAGAUAAUUAAGCUUGGAAAAGAAAGGAGAAGAGAAGAGAAGAGAA